AUGGCCGUCGACCAUCACACCGCCGACUCACCGCAAGCCGAAUCCCUCUCGCGGGGCAAGCAAUGGAGCGUCGAUGAUAUCGCCGUGUGCGCCGAUCCCAGUCGCCAAUUCGUUGCGCAAGAUAAGAGACGAUCAACCAAUGCAAAAGGCAAUGAGGACGAGAGCAUUGGCAGCGCCUUGCGGAAGCUCGCCAUGGAACACCAGCUUGGCCUGUCGCUCAACUUCAUCAUUCUGCUCGGCAUGACAUACGUGCUCUUCCCCUCGCUGCGUCAUACGGCCAAAGCCUUGGUUGCCUUGUCAUAUCCCUCCGCCGACUUUCCAGGACUCUACUCCCAAGGCCCGAGGGAUAUGUAUUUGGUUGCUAGCUGUGUCAUAUACUUUACGGCGUUCCGAGCGUUUAUGCUGGACUAUGUCCUCACACCUCUGGCUGGUAUCUGUGGCAUUGGACGACGGAAGGGUCGCGUCAGGUUCGCCGAACAGUCGUACAUGCUGAUCUACUACACCAUCUACUGGUUCUGGGGCCUGUACCUGUUCGUUCAGGAUACUCCCGCGAACGUUACAGAUACAACUUCGCUUUUGAUCUCGCUCUGGACCGAUUUCCCUCGACUCUUACUCUCCCCAGGCAUCAAACUGUACUAUCUCUCCCAGCUGGCGUUUUGGAUCCAACAGAUCAUAGUAAUCCACUUGGAGGAGAGGCGAAAAGACCACUAUCAGAUGCUCACACACCACUUUGUCACCGUCGGAUUGAUGGUAGGGAGCUAUGGCUACAGGCAAUGGCGAGUGGGAAAUGCAAUCUUGGUGUGCAUGGACAUUGUGGAUCUCGUGUUCCCGCUGGCCAAGAUUCUCCGCUACGUGGGUAUGCAAGCGGCUUGUGAUGCUUGCUUCGCACUUUUUGUCAUCACAUGGGUUGUGGCGCGCCACGGAGCUUACCUGGCGAUCUGCUGGAGCAUCUACGCGCACGUGGCGGUUGAGACCAUGCCAUACGGAGUGUACUYGACAAGCACGGCAGAGCGACUUUCACCAGAUGGUGGGGAUAAAUUGCUGGAAAAUCUACUCCAGCCAAUGCUGAAUCCCGAAGCGAAGACGAUAUCAUUCAAUGCCAACAUUCGCUGGACGUUUCUUGGCUUGCUCAUGGCGCUACAGUGUCUCACACUUGUAUGGCUGGCCAUGAUCAUUCGCGUUGUGGUGCGGGUAAUCCGAGGCCAGACUGCGGAUGAUCCUCGCAGCGAUGACGAAGGCGAGGGAGAAGCGGAGGGUCUGGACGACGGGUCAUCACAGCCAUCUGUGCCAUUCAUCGCCCCAGCAGAAUCAGAAAAGCCGCGCUUCAUCGAAGUCGAGACCACCUCCGAAGAGGUUGCAUGGCCAAAGAGCAAUAGGAAAAAAGCCAAGGGGAAAUCUAGCGGUCUCAAGCUUGGCGAGCACAAGGAAAUCCUUAAUCGGAUCGGCUGCCUGAGCGAGGAGCAGUUGGCCCGCGAGAGGCAGAUGAGGCAGGGAAGCAGCAGCCCUGGCACGCGGUAG